AGCGACGACGACGACCGCAUGCAGGGCGCCGCGGUCUUCGCGAGCAGCCGCGACGUCGCGCCCGUCGAGCACCGCGGCGGCGCGUUCGCGCACCAGGACUUCGACACGGACAAGGACCAGGACGCGCGGGCGCUCCUCCGCCGCAAGUUCGAGCUCCAGGAGGCGGGCGCGACGAACGACGAGACGGGCCUCUACCAGGGCCAGGCUGGCUACAAGUCCUACGUGAAGCUCAACGAGGCGCAGAUCGGCGCGAACAAGUACACGGGCACCAAGGGCCCCAUCCGCGCGCCGUCGUUCGUGCGCAACACGUGCCGCUUCGACUACCAGCCCGACGUGUGCAAGGACUACAAGGACACGGGCUUCUGCGGCUACGGCGACUCGUGCAAGUUCAUGCACGACCGCGGCGACUACAAGACGGGCUGGCAGCUCGAGGCCGAGUACCAGCGCCAGAAGGAGCGCGACAAGGAGCGCGAGAUGCUCGGCAAGCUCGGCGAGCCCGACAGCGACGACGAGCGCGAGGCGAACAAAUUCCGCGUGGGCGCGGGCGCCGAGGAGCUGCCCUUCGCGUGCCACCUGUGCCGCGGGCCCUUCAAGGACCCCAUGAUGACGACCUGCGGCCACUACUACUGCGCGUCGUGCGCGUCGUCCCACUUCCGCGAGAAGAACACGCGCUGCCCCAUCUGCGAGAAGCAGACCUACGGCAUGCUCAACGCCGCGCCGAAGCUCCGGGCCAAG